UUUUACAGUAGCGGUUAAUCGAUCGACCUGUGCACACAAUUAGCGACGCGUGCGCAUAGUGAAUUAAAAAUGAGAGUGAUUUUUGUUUUGUGGCCUUUAUUUUUGCUAAUAGAUUAUACAACUGGUCAAAAUACUACGAUCGAUCUAGAAUGCCCGUCCCUGGAGCAUGGAGAUUCAUGCACACAAUCGGAGUUUCUUUCCCGGCUUGCUCACACUUGUCGCUACGACCGCCUCCUACUGCCGACCUAUGGUACCCGCGACGUUGUCUAUGUUCACGCCAGUGCUUAUAUAUAUUUCAUUCAACCGGCUGAGGCUCAUGAUUUGAAUUUUAAGCUACACUUCCUUCUUCAACUGCGAUGGACAGAUCCAAGAUUAGCGUAUUCAGCGUAUUCCCCAGAAAGGGAGAAAAUUAUUGGUGAAGACGACCUCCGAUCUCGCGUUUGGGCACCGCACUUAUACAUUCCUAACGAACAAUCGUCCAGUUUGAUGGGUACUGAUAGUAAGGAUGUGCUGAUAUCGGUAGCGCCGAAUGGAGAAGUGCUGUUCAGCCGGCGAAUGCAGGGUGUUCUAUAUUGCUGGAUGAACCUUCAGAAAUUUCCAUUUGAUGUGCAGACGUGUGCUAUGAAUUUAGAGAGUUGGAAAUACAACGCAUCCAUUCUACGCUUGAUGUGGGAGAUUGAAAAUCCCGUUCGGCUAUCUUCAGAGUUGCAUUUGACAGAAUAUUCUCUGCUCGACUAUUGGACCAAUGAGUCGGUUGUUCGAGGAGACAUAGUUAACAUGAGAGUGGGUGGAGCGGGCAACUACAGUGCUUUGAAAUUUACAUUCAAAUUAAGCCGAGAGGUCGGUUAUUACUUAAUGGAUUAUUUCAUCCCUUCAAUGAUGAUAGUAGCCAUGUCAUGGGUUACAUUCUGGUUGCAAGCUGAUGCUUCACCUCCACGAAUUACGCUGGGUACUAGUACCAUGUUAUCAUUUAUCACUCUGGCAUCAUCUCAAGCUAAAACUCUUCCAAAGGUUUCAUACAUCAAAGCAAGUGAAAUCUGGUUCUUAGGCUGCACUGGUUUCAUUUUUGCAGCCCUUGUUGAAUUCGCAUUCGUCAACACUAUUUUUUACAGAAAGAAUGUUGCUCCUUUGAAAAAAGUGAACAGUAAAUAUAUACUAAAAAGCACGUUAACGCCGCGGCUGGCACGUAAAGAGCUCCAGAAAGAGAUAGAAGAAUCAUCACCACAGCUGAGCAAGUCUCGCUCAUGUUCUUCACUGUCACAGGAUACUAAUAAUGAUCCAGCUGGAAUGGGAUACAACAAUUACCUAACGGUUCAUAGCUUCCCAUCAGCAAUAAACGUGCCAACCAUUACAACAGAGAGCUACGAUGACAUAAAUGCCAGACAGUCACCAGGCAGGCGACACCUUAACUCCGGUAGUGAAAACUCUGAUGAGCCUCCGCAGCAUCAUACAUGGACAGAGAUGACGCCCAAGGAAAUUUCUGCUUGGAUCGAUAAACGUUGUAGAGUUCUGUUUCCCUUACUAUUCUUAUGUUUUAAUAUACUUUACUGGACCUUUGUCUAUUGUCUUUAAAACAAAUCGAAAAUUAAUCCGUCCGUUCGAUCGUUUACGACACGAUAUAUAAUGAUUUUUUGUUGUUGUUGUUAUGUGUUAAAUGUUUCUUCUUGGCUUUUAUUUUUCAGUCUCAACAGCUUGCUAAUUUGAUUGGCCUUUAGAUAUAAGGCCGACGUAAUUUUUAAAUCCACUGAACAAAUGCUUGAAAUAUAAAUAGAAGUUUUUGUUUUCAAUUUAAUCUCAGCGAUAUAGUCAUAGUUUGCAAUCCAAAGUGCAAUUAUAGAAUUAGGUACUCUUUAAUAUUCGUAU